UCGGUUCCCGAUUCUGGUCCCCGGCCCCCAGCAGCGCCUGCCCCCUUCCCACCGGGGCACCCCAUGAUGCCACCACCCUUCAUGCCCCCUCCAGGGAUCCCACCUCCUUUUCCUCCAAUGGGGCUGCCCCCUAUGAGUCAGAGACCACCAGCCAUUCCCCCCAUGCCACCUGGCAUACUGCCCCCAAUGCUUCCACCAAUGGGGGCACCACCACCACUCACACAGAUACCAGGAAUGGUACCUCCAAUGAUGCCAGGGAUGCUGAUGCCAGCGGUGCCUGUCACUGCAGCGACGGCUCCGGGUGCGGACACCGCCAGCUCUGCUGUGGCUGGGACAGGCCCUCCGAGGGCCUUAUGGAGUGAGCAUGUGGCCCCUGAUGGGCGCAUCUACUACUACAACGCUGAUGACAAACAGUCCGUGUGGGAGAAGCCCAGCGUGCUCAAGUCCAAGGCAGAGCUGCUGCUGUCCCAGUGUCCCUGGAAAGAGUACAAAUCAGACACAGGGAAGCCGUACUACUACAACAACCAGAGUCAAGAGUCCCGUUGGACCCGGCCCAAGGAUCUGGAUGACCUGGAGGCCCUAGUCAAACAAGAGUCUGCAGGAAAACAGCAGACCCAGCAGCUACAGACACUACAGCCACAACCACAGCCACCUCAACCACAGCCUGACCCUCCACCUAUACCUCCUGGUCCCAUCCCAGUGCCUAUGGCCCUCCUGGAACCUGAGCCAGGUCGAAGUGAAGAUUGUGAUGUGUUGGAGGCUGCCCAGCCCCUGGAGCAGGGGUUCCUGCAGCGGGAGGAGGGCCCCAGCAGUUCUACUGGACAGCAUCGGCUACCACAGGAAGAGGAGGAAGCUAGGCCAGAACCAGAGAGAUCUGGCCUCAGUUGGAGCAACCGGGAGAAGGCAAAACAGGCCUUCAAAGAGCUGCUGAGGGACAAGGCUGUCCCUUCCAAUGCUUCGUGGGAACAGGCCAUGAAGAUGGUAGUCACUGACCCGCGUUACAGUGCCUUGCCCAAAUUGAGUGAGAAGAAGCAGGCAUUUAAUGCUUACAAGGCACAGCGGGAGAAGGAGGAGAAAGAAGAGGCCCGGCUGAGGGCCAAGGAGGCCAAACAGACCCUGCAGCAUUUCCUAGAGCAGCAUGAACGCAUGACCUCCACCACCCGUUACCGGCGGGCAGAACAGACCUUUGGGGACCUGGAGGUUUGGGCUGUUGUCCCUGAGAGGGAUCGAAAAGAGGUUUAUGAUGAUGUCCUCUUCUUCCUGGCUAAGAAGGAGAAGGAACAAGCCAAGCAGCUUCGGCGUCGAAAUAUCCAGGCCCUGAAGAGCAUCCUGGAUGGGAUGAGCAGUGUCAACUUGCAAACCACAUGGUCGCAGGCCCAGCAGUACCUCAUGGACAACCCCAGCUUUGCUCAGGACCAGCAGCUGCAGAACAUGGACAAAGAAGAUGCACUGAUCUGCUUUGAGGAGCACAUCCGAGCUUUAGAGAGAGAGGAGGAGGAGGAGCGGGAACGGGCCCGGCUUCGGGAACGGCGCCAGCAGCGGAAGAACCGGGAGGCUUUUCAGACCUUCCUGGACGAGUUGCAUGAGACAGGGCAGCUGCAUUCCAUGUCCACCUGGAUGGAGCUGUACCCAGCAGUCAGCACUGAUGUCCGCUUUGCCAACAUGCUGGGCCAGCCGGGCUCUACUCCUCUGGACUUAUUCAAGUUCUAUGUGGAGGAAUUGAAGGCAAGGUUCCAUGAUGAGAAGAAGAUCAUAAAGGACAUUCUUAAGGACCGGGGCUUCUGUGUGGAGGUGAACACAGCCUUCGAGGACUUCGCCCACGUCAUAAGCUUUGACAAGAGGGCUGCUGCGCUGGACGCAGGCAACAUCAAGCUGACCUUCAAUAGUCUGCUGGAGAAAGCGGAGGCACGGGAGAGGGAGCGAGAAAAGGAGGAGGCACGAAGGAUGCGGCGCAGAGAAGCUGCCUUUCGAAGCAUGCUGAGGCAGGCCGUGCCUGCUCUGGAGCUGGGCACUGCCUGGGAAGAGGUCCGUGAGCGCUUUGUGUGCGACUCAGCCUUUGAGCAGAUCACCCUGGAGUCGGAGCGGAUCCGGCUCUUCCGAGAGUUCCUGCAGGUGCUGGAGCAGACUGAAUGCCAGCACCUCCACACCAAAGGCCGAAAGCAUGGCAGAAAAGGCAAGAAACACCAUCGCAAGCGGUCUCACUCACCCUCAGUGAGUCAGCAGGGCUCUGAGUCAGAUGAAGAGGAACUGCCCCCACCAUCCCUCCGGCCCCCCAAGCGGAGGAGGCGGAACCCCUCAGAGUCUGGCUCUGAGCCCUCAUCCUCACUUGAUUCAGUUGAAAGUGGGGGUGCUGCCCUUGGAGGACCAGGCUCCCCAUCCUCCCACCUUCUCCUUGGGUCGGAUCAUGGUCUUCGGAAAGCCAAGAAACCAAAAAAGAAAACUAAGAAGAGAAGACACAAGUCGAACAGUCCUGAGAGUGAGACGGACCCUGAAGAAAAAGCUGGCAAGGAGAGUGAAGACAGAGAACAAGAACAGGACAAAGACAGGGAACUCCGGCAGGCAGAGCUCCCUAACCGCUCUCCAGGCUUUGGAAUCAAAAAGGAGAAGACAGGCUGGGACACAUCGGAAAGCGAGCUGAGUGAGGGGGAGCUGGAAAGACGAAGGCGGACACUCCUACAGCAGCUGGAUGACCACCAAUGACCCCACGAACUACUUCCUGCCUUGGGACUUCGUGAGGCAGUGGCUCCAGGGCCAUCCUCACCAUCUGCCUCAGACUUCUUCGUAUGUCUGGUCUGUGUCCACUUUCCCUAAAGUAACCCAUCCCAACACACUACUGUUAGCACCUCUCAAGGUUGCUCUUGGUGUUCAAGGGUCCCCUAGUUCUCAGAAACUAGUACAGUCCUUGCCCUUAGCCCCAGACCAGAGAUGGGCAGUCUAUAUCACAUGGGGUGGGUGAUGCCAGUAGAUACAGUGUGAGAAGGGAUUUCCGGGAAAGAGACAGGCUGGUGGACACAGCCUGGGUGGCAGAGGGCAGGGUCCUCACCCUUUAGCAUCAGUGCCUGCUCUUGCCUGACCUGGCCCUGGGGCUCCACCAUUGCUUCCUCUACCCCUGGGACCCGAUGUAUGUGUUCUGUUUUUGUUUUUUAAAUAAUAUUUAUAACAUGAUCUACAACUAC